CUCGUCAGUGUACUGUACUGUGUAAGAUCUUACACUGGUAGAUGAAAAGAUAUCCUUUUCAUCUACCUAUAGAAGUGAAAACAUUUUAAUAAAUGUUUUGAAUUAAAUUUAUUUUCGACAUUAUUUAUUUUAUUUUUCGUACAUUGAUUCAAUUUUUAUUCGAAAAAUCGUUCUGUAUGUCCGAGCCGUUCAGUACUUGGCAUUCGGGAAAAAGUGGAUGGGGAUGGAGGUCAGUCUUAUGGAUGGAGCACCCGGUGAUCCAUCGCAAAACUUUUUAUUAACGUAACAGAAAAUGUUGCAGAAAUCCGGAUCCGGCCCCACGUGCUUAUGUGACAGAUCUCGGUAGUUAAAUGUAAAUAGCUGUGACAGACCUUGUCAGACAGUAGAUCGCGAUAUUUUAAUUACAUGUUCGCAGAAAUAUUCUGCUACUAUGUUCACAAAAUGAACGGCAUAUCCCGCGGCUAAGCGCAAAUUUGCAGCUCACAAUCCAUAUUAAUCGUGAAAAAAAUGAUGUAACCCCACCAUGCGCUUGAUUUACUGCCAUUAUUCUCGUGCGAUCAUCAGAAAGUAAAAGUGGCCUGAAUAAAAGACAUGGUUAUUGCAGUUUCAUGCGGUUAAUUGCGACGGUGCGUUAAUGUCGUACCAGUCAUCCCAGAAAGGCAGACACUCCCGCAUAUCCGGUCAGACAUUGUCAGUUUAUGGUUCGAGAUAGUUCUAGGGAUUACGCUGGGGUUUUUUGUGUCUAUAAAUAGAUGAAUUACAUCCGGCUAUUAUUCGCAUCAGUUUAGAAACUGAACAGUCACUGGAUGCAGUUUUAUUUUACAAAUUGUAGAAUGGUUGUCGAAUUCCGUUGAUUUAAUUUGCAUUUUGCCCCAAAAUUCCAGUCAGCUGGCGGAAGCCGUUGCGCAAGCAUCGAUGUUGGAGGUUGCUUAAUAGGCGAAUCAAAGUAAAAGCAGCUACCGAAAUGAUUCGGGUACGACAAUCUGUUUUCCAUGUUUUGUUUUAUGGUGGAGUUGCAUUGUUUUGUGUAGCAUAUGCCGGCAUUAUUGAUACAAGCAACAGAAACUUUUUGGGACCCGGUUCCGAACCGAUAUCUGAUUCACUGGAUCCGGCACAGAGUCAGAAAUUCCCUGAGGGGAACACGAGUCUGGAGUUUUUAUCUACAGUAUUAUCACAUGCAGCACAAUUAUCCCGCAUAGCUGAUGACCACUUUUCGAAGAUUUCCUCUAAGUUUACGACGAGCCUUCCAAUGAAGAACUACACUAACACCGCAUUUCCUGGAUCCAGAUCCAUUACACAACCGAACGUUGCAGCGCCAACAUCUACCCCUGGUUAUUCGUCAACGGUCACAUACUUUAUCAGUCCCCAACUGACCAUUAACGUAACCGUUUCCUCCGCGGCGAAUAACGAUUCCUGCAGCCCGAACACGAAUCGAUCAGAGCCGACAAGUUCGGAAUUUUGGAGCAUCUUUAACGAGACAUUUUGGGGUAAUUUCGACCUGCAAAAUUUGUAUGAAAGCGAAGAAUAUUUCCGGACACUAAAAUCAAUGUUAAUAUCGGGAAAGACAACGUUACAAGAUUUACAGUUGGCAGUAAACGAUCUUGCCCUGGGGCUGUCGGACACCGAUGCAUUAAUAACUAAAACGCGCCAAUUUCUGGUCAGCUAUUCUAAUCGAACAUCGGUCGAACGAUGUAAUUUGCGGGUUGUGGGCUAUUACACAUCGUGGGGUGCCAAAGAAGUGACAAAGGAAAUGCUGUCGUCCUUAACCCAUGUGAACUACGCAUUUCCGGAUAUGGGUCCAAACGGGACACUCUGGAUAGCAGACAAUUCAACCUUGCGCCUGCGGAAUCUCAUGAAAAUGCGUGGAAACAGCCCGAAUCCCAAGGUGCUUAUAUCGGUUGGGGGUUAUGGAAAGGCGGAAUUUUUCGACGAUAUUGUGCGCCUAGACAAAGCAUUCAACAACUUCACCUUAAAUCUGAAAAGCCUUAUUGAGCAGUUCAAUCUGGACGGAGUGGAUAUCGAUUGGGAGCAUCCGGGAGCGAAACCGGACGACAAGGCGCUGUAUGUUAAGUUUAUGCGGCGGUUAAGGAAAAAGCUCGACUCUUGGAGGUCAGCAGCCAACAGAACCCGGCUGUUAUUGACCUUUGCAGGUGCUGCCGGUUCGGAAGAUCUCCGUAAAGGCUACGAUUUAAAAAAUCUCUUGGAAGGUGAUACCGUCGACUGGGUAAAUGUGAUGACUUAUGAUUACUACGGCCCAUGGUCGAACGCCACAGGGCCUCCUGCGCCGUUGUUUUUUGCCGCGUCUCAUAUUCCGGCUUAUUCUCGGAAAUUAAAUGUCCACUGGACGAUGGAGUAUUAUAUGUGCGCCAUUAAAGAUCCUAAGAAAAUUGCACUGGGUGUUCCGUUCUAUGGACGCACAUGGAGUAAUGUUAUGGAUAAACCUGUCAAUAAAGGUGACCCUAUGUGGAGAACCUCCACUGGCCCGGAAGGCGCAGAUGUGCCCUUUUACACUAUUAAGAAGAGCUAUUUGGAUAAAGGAUUUAUGCCCGGAUAUAACAGUAAAGCGGAGGCGUCUUACGCAUGGAACGCAAAUUCUCGUAAAUACCUUGGUUAUGAGUCCACGGAGAGCUUAGAAAAGAAAGUGGAAUACGCCAUCAAAAAGCGCCUUGGUGGCGUCAUGAUAUGGGCUAUCGAUCAGGAUGACAGUGAUUUAACAAUGCUGCAAACGGUGACCCAUGGGGAUAUUUGUGCUCCACGAUUAUCAGAUAAACCGCUCGAGAUUCCUAAUUACUUUUGUUAUGAACCGCGCUGGUGGUCAACCGAAACACCAGCAAAAUCGGGAAUGUGUGGUCCAACCGCGCCGUUGAUCAACGGUUAUUAUCCCGUGUGCGAUCCGGGGGAUGACAAUUAUGCCUGUUGCGGACGAUGGGGAUUUUGCGGAUCGGGACCGGCGUUCUGUGAUUGUCCUGAAUGUACCAACUAUGCCAGGUUUCCCGAGAAAAUUUUGGAGAAGUCGGUUAAACCGACGACGAAGGAAGUCCUCUGGUUUACAAUGGAUCAAAGUUCACCCGAGUUGCGGGGUCGGUGUGGAUACGGUGCACCGUUGUUAAAUGGCAGUAUUAUACCCAUUUGUAAUCCAGAUGACCCGUUGGGAUACUGUUGCUCCGCUGUGGGAAUUUGUGGCAACCAACCGGAUGCAUGCAACUGUCCAAGUUGUGUAAAUUUUCGAGAAAAGCCAGAUUUCCGGUUUAAAGAGAAAAAGAUAUUAGGGAAACAGUGGUGGACGUGGGACGACUCGCCGGACCUUGCCGGCAAAUGCGGGCCAAAUGCGCCACAAAUUAAUGGAUCGGAAGCAGUUUGUGAUCCUUAUAGUCCAAACGCUUAUUGUUGUAGUCCUUAUGGCUAUUGCGGAGCUGGGCACGAUUUUUGUAAAUGUAGUGGUUGUAUCAAUUACAGAACAAUUUUGGCGUAACACAUUAUGCCGUCAUAAAAUUCUGAAACGUCGAGCUGACGGACCAUA